AAAAUGGUCCCAUUGGUUUUUCCAUUUUUUAGUUUACCAAAACUAUGUUUUAGCUAACGUAGGAUCAUGACCUAGUUUGCCUUGUAUAUAUCUCUCUUAGCACUUAUAUAUAUAUAUAGAUCCCCACACACAUAUCACCAUCUCUCUAUUUUCUUCUUCGUCUCCUUGAAUGUGUUGUUCCUCCUCAUAAAAUUUCCUUCAAACAUCUAAUUUCUCUCUUUAUAUAUAUAACCCCUCAAUUUUUUACGUUUUAACCAACCGGUCCUAUUGAUUUUUCCAUUUUUUAGUUUAGUAUAACUACGUUUAGCUAACUCAACUCUGUGCCUGAUGGAGCAUCAUUGCUUGAGAGAGAUACAAGGCAAACUAGCUCAUGAUCCUAUUUUUAUGGAAAAAAUGAUGACCAAGUCGUCAUCGCGCUGCCCGUGUGUUGCCGGACCGGUAAUAGUAGGGGCAGGACCGUCGGGGCUGGCGGCGGCAGCUUGUCUGAAGCAGAAGGGUGUGCCAAGUGUGGUUCUAGAAAGAUCUAAUUGCAUAGCGUCUUUGUGGCAGUUGAAGACUUAUGAUCGUCUCCGACUUCACUUACCUAAGCAGUUCUGCGAGCUGCCCUUGAUGGGCUUCCCCGCAGGCUUCCCCACGUAUCCGACCAAGCAACAGUUCAUAGACUACUUGGUUGACUAUGCGGAGAAUUUUGACAUUAAGCCACGGUUCAAUGAGACGGUGGAGCAGGCGGAGUAUGACGCAACGCUGGGAUUUUGGCGCGUGAGGAGUGUGGGAGCGAAAGGGGAGGAGAUGGAGUAUGUGUGCCGGUGGCUGGUGGUGGCAACGGGGGAGAAUGCGGAGGCGGUGGAACCGGAGAUUGAGGGAAUGAAAGAGUUUGGUGGGGACAUAAGGCACACAAGUUUUUAUAAAAGUGGGGAGGAGUUUAGAGGAAAAAAGGUAUUGGUAGUGGGGUGUGGGAAUUCAGGAAUGGAGGUGUGUUUGGAUCUCUACAAUCAUAAUGCUAAGCCUUCAAUUGUGGUUAGAGAAACAGUACACGUCCUACCACGAGAGAUGCUGGGAAAAUCAACUUUUGGGCUGUCCAUGUGGCUACUAAAGUGGCUGCCCAUGCGCCUUGUCGACCGCUUCCUACUCCUAGUGUCUUGGUUCAUGCUAGGUGAUACGGCUCGGUUCGGAUUGGACCGGCCUCAAUUGGGUCCCCUUGAGCUCAAAAACCGGUCCGGGAAGACCCCAGUGCUAGAUGUUGGUACUCUGGCCAAAAUUAAAAGUGGAGACAUUAAGGUUUGUUCCGCUAUCAAACAUUUAAAACGACAUGUUGUUGAGUUUGUCAAUGGCAAAACGGAGAGUUUUGAUGCUAUCAUUUUUGCAACUGGGUACAAAAGUAAUGUACCACGUUGGCUAAAGGAAAACGAGAUGUUUUCUAAGAAAGAUGGAUUUCCUCGAAGGCCAUUCCCAAAUGGAUGGAAAGGCGAAUGUGGGCUAUAUGCGGUGGGGUUCACCAAACGUGGCCUGCUUGGUACAUCCAUUGAUGCAAAGAGGAUCGCAGAAGACAUUGAAGGGUGUUGGAAUGAGAGGCAAAACAUCAACGAUCUGUUGGUUGAAGUGGAAAGAAUUUGGUUUCUCUUAAAUAAAGUCUCGAUUUUAAGUCUUAUGAAUGGAGAAACAGAUGCUGAUAAAGUUUCUCCCAUUUUGAGGUUUGACACGAUUCAAUCUUAAAUUAAUCAAAAUCCAAUGUGAUUGAUUAUCGAAUGCCAAGAGAUUAAUACAAAAAAAAAAAAAAAAACAAAAACAAAACACCGCUCUCCUUAUGCCUGUUCACUCUUGCCACAAUCAAUAUCACCAUGAUCAUUAACAAUUUUUUUUUUUUAUCCUAAGAGAAGCAGAGUUUUGCAAGAGAAGAAAAAAAAAAAACAAGAAAAUUAGAUUGAAUUGCAUAAGAGAAUUCUGACCAGUCAAGACACAAGACCCAAUUGGCGCAAUUGGGGGCACCAAUUUCAUUGCUAGCUCCUCCAGUGGGAAAGAAGAAAGGAGAAAAGAAGACUUGGGAAAGGACGAGAGAGUACAAAGAAGAAUGAAUCAAAGAAGCCAGGUAAUGGUGAAGAGGGUGAGGAAGGGUUUGGUGUUCUUGGGGGAUCUCAUGCUAGAGCCUAUCUUUACAUCUUGUACAAUACCUAAUUUUCUCUGAUUAGGAAAGGAAAAACUUUUGGGGUGAAAAAAAGGGAGGGUGCAUAGUUUGGUAGCAGUUUGUUUUUUACCUAAAUUUUCGUGAAUUUUGGGGGUAGAUCAAAUCAUGAUGAGGCUAUAACAAUCUGAUUGUAUGGUUCAAUUCUCUUCUUCCUGAAUUAGGUUUUCUUAAAUUUUUUUUCCAUUUCUCUUUUUUGGGUUUUGUUUGGAGAGGUGAUGACAAGGAGAGGAAAGUUUUGUAAUGAAAUCCAUCGUUUCAU